CCACUGAGCAUCUUUGAUGUCCAGUUUCUGAAUGCAGUUGGAGACCUGUUGGACCUAAUUCCAGCAUUAUUUGAGUAUUCUACACGGAGUGGACAAUGCAACGUGGAGCCAGGAAGCCAUGGGAAAUAUCAGUGGGAUAUGGGUCACUGCUCUGCACUCAUCAAGGUUCUACCAGGAUAUGAGAAUAUAUAUUUUGCCCAUUCUAGCUGGUUUACAUAUGCAGCCACACUGAGAAUAUAUAAGCAUUGGAACUUCAAUAUAGUUGAUCCAGACACUAGUACCAGCCGUGUCUCAUUCAGCAGUUACCCAGGCUUCUUGGUGUCCCUGGAUGACUUUUACAUACUGGGCAGUGGCUUGGUAAUGUUGCAGACUACCAACAGUGUGUUCAACCAAACCCUCAUUAAGCAAGUGGUGCCUGAAUCUCUGUUAGCUUGGCAGAGGGUCCGCAUUGCUAACAUGAUGGCAGAUGGUGGCAAAAGUUGGGCAGAAACCUUCUCGAAGUGCAACUCUGGGACCUACAACAAUCAGUACAUGGUGCUGGACCUGAAGAAGGUCAAGCUGCAGAAGAGGCUUGAUGAUGGUGCAUUGUACAUUGUUGAGCAGAUCCCAACUCUUGUGGAGUAUUCUGAUCAAACAAAUAUUCUCCGGAAAGGUUACUGGCCUUCAUACAAUAUCCCUUUCCAUGAAAAGAUUUACAACCUCAGCGGGUAUGCGGCAUACGUUGAGAAGUAUGGCAUGGAUUUCUCUUACGAGCUUGCUCCAAGAGCAAAGAUCUUCCGUCGAGACCAGGGCAAGGUGACCAACUUGGAAAGCAUGAAGUACAUCAUGAGAUACAACAACUACCAGCGUGAUCCUUAUGCCGAACACAAUCCUUGCAACACCAUUUGCUGCCGGGAGGACCUGAAUCCUUCUUUUCCAGUGCCUGCAGGCUGUUAUGAUUCCAAGGUGUCAGACUUCCGCCUGGCUUCAGCAUUCACAGCCACUGCAAUCAAUGGCCCCCCAGUACAGGGCGGUCUCCCUGUCUUCACCUGGAGACGGUUUAACCACACACGACACCAGGGCCUGCCAGAAUCAUACAACUUUAAUUUCAUCACCAUGAGACCGAUCCUGUAAAACAAGCAUCAAUAUUCUCAAAUGGAUUUUUUUUUUAAAUGGAAAUUUUCAUCCCUCUAUGUAAUAAAUUGACGUGGAUGUCCACGUCCC